AUGGAUGACUCGGAAGCACCUGCUGAACCGCAAUUCUUGAGUUCCUUUGAUAAGUUUGACGAGGUAUCGAGUCUUUUGGAAAGGCUGAUCUCCGUAUCACCUGCGGUCGAGCCCUUACCUGAAGAGGACAAAACUGAAAUAACCUGGUUGGAUAAAUUGACACAAAUUUUGAAUUAUUAUCAGGAACAGCCUUACUUAUUGGAUCCUCAUCUUGAAGAACUUAUCGUUCCUGUCGUUAAUGCCUUCCGACAUCAUGUGCAAGAAUAUAGUUCAGGUCAUUCUAGAGACUACUCCUUCGCUCGAGUGAGCAGGCUUGCAUCAGCCAUAUACGUCUUCGUUAAAGUUCGCGGUUACAAGACAAUAGUUAGGUUUUUUCCACACGAAAUAACCGACCUUCCUAUAGCGAUCAGAUACAUAAACUCGGAUGGUCCGGCAAGCAAUCCAGAUGCAUGGGUAAUUCGAUAUAUAAUGAUGCUUUGGACGUCGCUGGUCUGCAUGCUGCCGUUCGACCUUGCACAAUUCGAUGGCGACUACUCCGUGACUACAGCCGAAAGUCUCCAGACAAUCGGUAUUACUGAACUGGACAAACCAGGCCUCGAAAGAGAUGGUGCUGCGCUCUUGCUUUCUAGACUCUACAUGAGGAAGGAUACUUCCACACUCUUGACUUCGUUCUUGGAAGCUUUUGAGGCAGAACUCCGUGAAUCGCCUAAUCUGUUCAAGACCAUCGGUUCACUAAGAGUGAUCGCAGAAAUAACCAAGUCCGGACCGAUGGAAAUACUGCAUCCGUACAUCUCACGUCUCCAAACUUUAGUGAACGAAAUUACCCGUGAGCAGCACCUAGCGGAGAACACUGUCAUAAGAAAAUUACGCACAAAAUGUAUCACACGAACCGCGAGUCGAUUGCUACCUGCCAGAUCCAAAAAGUCUCGAAGUACUGCAAAGUCUCUUGAACCAAGUUUGAGAACGGAAGAAUAUUCACUAGACGAUGAUGUUGAUGGUGAACAUGAUGUGCCUGGCCAGGUUGAAGAUGCAAUUGGGGAGCUUUUUGAGCUAUUGCAGGACAAGGAUACCUCAGUCCGCUGGUCUGCUGCGAAAGGCAUUGCGAACAUCUCCGAACGGCUCCCAACCUCUUUCGUUGAUCAGAUUAUAGAUAAUAUUCUGGGUCACUUUUCAGUGUAUGGGAUUCAUGCAACACCGUCUACUCUUCCUUCCACCGCGGAGCAUCCAUGGCACGGUGCAACACUCGCUUGCGCUGAAUUAGCCCGCAGAAAUCUGGUACCGGACGCGCAGUUUCCGAAUAUUUUACAGUGGAUGUCGAAGGCUCUGUACUUUGACGUACAGAAAGGUUCUUCCUCAGUCGGUUCCAAUGUUCGCGAUGCCACGGCGUAUGUUCUGUGGUCCCUCGCUCGCACGCGAAGCACGGAGGCGCUUGAGCCAUAUGCCGUUGAACUGGCGCAGAAUCUUGUUACUGUAGCUUUAUUUGAUAGGGAGAUACACAUACGCAGAGCUGCUAGUGCCGCAUUCCAGGAAAACGUUGGUCGUAUGGGCUUGUUUCCGCAUGGUAUUGCCGUCAUUGGUGUGAUCGACUUCUAUUCGGUCGGAAUUAGGCGGAACGCUUUCCUAGUUGCAGCACCUGAAGUAUAUCGUUACAAGGAGUACCGACAGCCAAUCUUGGAUCACCUCUUAAAGAUCACUUUACGCCAUUGGGAUGCGGCAAUGCGACGCUUGGGAGCAAAAUCUCUAAGGAAAGUCUGUGAGACAGAUCUAGAAAAUGAAGUGCCUAAAGUGCUGGAUGCAUUAUUGGCCCUUCUUCGUUCUGUGGAUACGUCAGACAUACAUGGAGGAUUACUAGCUCUGAGCGAGCUCGCGGGUGCAAUACGGGAGGUUAAGGAUGUGGAAUAUGCACAACGGUAUCGGCGCAAGAUUUUCCAUUCUAUCGACUCCGUUGCGUCUUCGGUAGUUUCAUCGCCACGGAACUACGUUAUUACGGAAGCAGCAUGCUAUGUCAUUGCCAAUUCAAUCUCAUCCGAAGAGUCUGAUUCAUUACGAAUGACAUCGAUUGAACCGUACUGGAGGGUUAUAAUAUUACAAGGAUUACGGCACCGAAACAGCACCGUGCAAGAGGCGGCUGCAGCUGCGAUGCAUUCACUAAGCCAACUGAAGGAUUGCUCUGAAGAUGUCAAGAGAUUGAUCAAGGAAUUGGGAAGAGGCUCAGCGAUCAUGCAACAGAGUCUGGGUCACGUAUUGGGCUGCUUUGACUACUAUUCCUAUAAUAACGGAUUCGAUUCUGCGCUUCACUGCUUGCUGGAAGCAGUCAAUCCAAAGUCACCCAAUUUCUUCCGAGACGUGGAAGCAAGGCGCAAUGCUUAUACAUCCCUGGCCGACGUAGUACAGCGCAUAUCCCCGAAGCUAGAUAUUUAUAUCACUCCAGAAACGAUGAAUCGUAUAUGGCAGGCAUUUUUUGCUGGUCUUGACGAUUACACUGUCAACGAACGGGGCGAUGUCGGCUCAUGGGUUCGUUUGGCGUGCUUGAAGGGCAUUUACUCCGUGAUGGAAUCGCUGAUUCGCGAAGCACGGAGUAUCGAGGCCCACUCGAUUCCUUCCUGGGCUGAAACCGAGGAGAAAUAUAGUCAAUAUUUACCUCUCAGCACCUAUCACCAGACAAUCGGAAUGAUCCUGAAGCAAGGCGUCGAGCGGUUGGACAACGUCAGACAAUGUGUUGGAGACGUGUUCUUCGCCUUGCUGCACCUCGAUCACCCAUCGUUCAAUCACGGAGAAAAAUGGAGUGUGCAACGCAAGGACCACUUCAGAAAUUUGCUCGAAAGUGCAGAACGUGUAGGCUGGAAUGAUGGUACUUGGCUUUAUCCGAGCGCCGUUCGAUUCUUGGACGUUUCUAUGUACCGACAGCCAAUUUUAAGAGGUCUUUUGCUGAGUAUUGGCAGCAAGACGAGUAGUACGGUAAGCAUUGCUUCUUCAGCUAUUCUUUCCUAUGCACAUAGUCUCCCAAUCACAUCAACGCACGAUACGACGUCUGCAUUGGCUGAACCAGACUCGUACGACUUGUAUAGCUUCGUUUCGGAUCUCCUAACAGUUGCAUUUGAAAACCCAUUAUUAAACAACAUGGUCAUCCCGGUCCUGCAUACCUUUAAUGUCUUGCUGGAAGGCGGCGCACUUGCUCCAUUGCUGGAAGAAGAGAAAAAUUUGGCCGCGGAAAAGGUGACGAAGCUCAUGGAACUUGCAACCAGGAAUAUUAAUCGCUUGCAAAGUAUGCAGAGAAUAGACGAAUCAAUGAGAAUUGUUGUCAAUUUGUUUGGUACAACGUCAAAAGAUAUCGGCAAACGAGCGGUAACUUACCUAGAACGCUUCCUUCUGCAUCCUUAUCCGAAGGUGCGGAGUGAUACGGCAGAAGCGUUGUAUCUUGUCUUGCAGACGAAGGACGUCACGUACGAUGAAGAAGUUGAGGUUAUUCUGCUAGAAACCGAAUGGUGA